ACGAACCAAACACCACAGUAUCUCCUGCUGUCGUUCGUUUACUUCUGAAUUUGCYUCAGUUUUUCUUUAUUAGAUUCGCUUCCACUGUAAUCGAAACAUUUUAUGCUCAAGGUUCAUCAGACCAGAUUGAAAGCUGCAGAUUUUGUGGGGAAAAUAAAUAAUUUAGUUAAUCAGUCAUGCUGCUGGUGGACRCCGGUGUGUACAUUGGCACUGYGGGCGACCUGAACGACAGGCGGGCAUUGGACGCUGCGUCUGUUACUCACAUCCUGUCUGUGGACUCUGUGGAUCCCGAGCUGCUGCUCCCUGCUGAUGGGAAGUUCUCCAGGAAGUGGAUYGACGUUCUAGAUGAAGCCRCGUCCGACCUCCUCAGUCACAUGGAUGCCUGCUUUGUCUUCAUUGAGGAGGCGGUUAAAGCGGGUGGGGCAGCACUCGUUCACUGCCAGGCGGGUCGGAGCCGCAGUGCCACCAUCGUAACGGCAUAUCUGAUGAAGAAACAUCAGCUGGGCUUCGCUGAGGCCUACAACAAACUGAAAAGUCUCAAACAGGAUGUCCAGGUGAACAGUGGCUUUGAGGAGCAGCUGCAUCUUUACGAGGCCAUGCACUGCGAAGUGGACCCAUCCAGUCCUUCCUACAAACAGUACAGACUGCAGAAGGUCACAGAGAAAUACCCGGAGUUACAGCAGGGCRCUGCAGAGUUGCCCAGGGAGAUUUUUGCAUGUGACCCCGCCMACUCCAACUCCUCUGAAUUGUCUUACAGAUGCAGAAAAUGCAGGCGGACUCUGUUUCGAGGCUCAAGUAUUCUYAGUCAUUCUGUAGGAGAGGGAGCGUCKGCCUUCAGUCACAAGAAGCCCAGUAACCUGACAGGAGAAGUCCAGUGUACCUCGUACUUCAUCGAGCCGGUUCAGUGGAUGGAGCCGGCGUUAYUUGGAGUGAUGAAUGGACAGCUGCUCUGUCCAAAGUGUCGCUCCAAGCUGGGCUCGUUCAGUUGGUGCGGAGAUCAGUGUUCGUGCGGCCGCUGGGUCAUGCCCGCCUUCCAGCUGCAUCGCAACAGGGUAGACGAGAUCCGGCUGCUCCACAUUCAGAAAUAACACACACACGCGCACACACACACACACACACACACACACACACACACACACACACACACACACACACGCCUCACUCAGGAGCCAAUUGUAAUGUGGUUCACAUUUUUGUAAUGGUAAAAAUGAAAAAUUCCAAAAAAUGCAAAAAAUUUAUAAGAACUAUUUUUAGUGAGUAAUAUMUAUGCUGAGCUUACAUAUGACUGCAARUGUAAUACACCUGUAAAUAUUGUAUUUAAAUAAAURAAAAAAAUGGAGUGRCACUCAGUAAACAUAUAGAUAUUUCUUCAGUUGUGUGAAUGAAGCUUUGACUUAUUGAUGGGACAUUUAUCUCUUCACAGCAGCAAGGAGCAUCAUUAUCUGAGAAUUUAACUAUAAAACACAAAGCAUUUUGCUUGUUUGCCAAAAAGUUCAUCUCAACCAACCAGAGCUCUUUCUUCUGCUUAGUUGCUGUUUGAAGAUGCUGUUUGUUUACUAAUGUUCUCCAAUAAACCUCUUAGGCCUUAACAGCAGAGAUCUAUGCUAACAUUAGCUUAGCAGUAGAGGACWCUGUUUAUCAAUUAGGAGAUUUUGGAAGGUAAUUGUCGCACUAAAACUUUAUUUUGGGACAACACAAUAAAAUGGGCUAAAUACAUUUGCAUAAUUUAAAUGUUUUUAGUAGAAAAGUAAAACGAUGCACUAUAUGUUAUCCCAAUAAAGUCCAUCAAAUGUUUUUGGUUGUCAAAAUGAGAAGAGGAGGUGCUAUGGUUUAGAUUCAGCUCAAGUCUGUUUUGCUUCAAUCURCAUUUCAUUUUCUUUUCCUUUACCUACAAUCAAAUUAAAAGUCAGACGUUUUCUGAAAUCAGUGCUGAAAAAUUUCUUCCUGCUCUCCUGGAGUUGCAAAUAUCAAGCAUCUUCAGCAGACUUGUACACAAAGUUACUUUUUUAUGUAGAAGAU